AACCAGCUGUUUUUGAUAGACCGGUUACCAUUGUGUUAUUUUAUAUGUAUUAAUAGUUGAAAAACGAAUUUGCAUAGGAAAAUGGAGUGAAAUGUUAUUUGAUUUCUUGGUUUCUGAAAAUAGAAUGAACCAUUUCACAUCGCCGAAUAAUAUACUAUGGAUCUGGAAAGCCAUAUUUUCCCGCGUUUUGUUCAUGGGAAGACAUCGCAAAGCAGUAAAAUGUUUGAAGCUCGAUUAGUUCAGAGUGCGACAUUCAAAAAAGUGCUUGAUGCAAUCAAAGAUCUUUUAAACGAGGCCUCGUUCGAUUGUUCAGAAAGUGGUAUCCAGUUGCAGGCCAUGGACAACUCCCAUGUUUCUUUAGUGUCCCUUAAUUUAAAGUUCGAUGGUUUCGAUAAAUACCGUUGCGAUAGGAAUUUAACCAUGGGCAUGAAUCUCGCAAGCUUAGCCAAAGUGUUUCGCUGUUGUGGAUCUGAUGAUACUGUCACAAUUAAGGCUCAAGACGAUGCGGAUACGGUUACAUUUAUGUUUGAAGCCAAAAAACGCGAUAAAAUCUCAGAUUAUGAGAUGAAACUGAUGAAUUUAGAUCAAGAACAUCUUGGCAUUCCUGAGACUGAGUUCUCGUGCAUAAUCAAAAUGCCUUCUGGUGAAUUUGCACGGAUAGUGCGUGAUUUGUCGCAGUUUGGCGAAUCUAUAGUCAUUUCAUGCACCAAAGAAGGUGUCAAGUUCUCCACCCAGGGUGAUAUUGGUACAGGUAAUGUGAAAAUUGCCCAGACCAACAAUUUUGACAAAGAAGAAGAGUCGGUCACAAUUGAAAUGCAAGAGCCUGUGACAUUAACUUUUGCCUGUCAGUAUCUCAAUUCUUUUACCAAAGCCACACCACUUAGUAACCAAGUCACUCUAUCCAUGUGCGAUAAUGUGCCUUUGGUGGUUGAAUAUCAAAUCCCCGACUUGGGUUACUUACGUUAUUACUUAGCUCCGAAGAUUGAGGAGGAUGAGAAUUAAUUUACUAUUAAACCUGUUGAAUAAUGUGGAUUUUUUUUAAAGAAAAUUGAUUUGUUUCUUUGUGUUAAACUAUUAUACAAUCAGGUUUUUGUAUCUCCUCAUUACAGAAUAUGUGUAAACUAUUAUAAAAUCAGUUUUUUGUAUCUGCUUAUUAAAAAAUAGUUGAAUUUUUAAUUGCAAUAAAUACCACACAGUUUUUGAAUAAAA